AUGUUCAGGAGCAAGUCGAAGUCAAAUGCUAAGCAACACUGCAGUGUUGGGGAGGAUCUCGUGCGCGUGCUGCCAAACGACGAUACAUCAUGGUACCAGAAGCCUCACCUACUCUACCUCAACUACCUUGCUAUCUCCAUGGGACUAUUAGCAGCAGCGACUGGUUACGAUGGCUCCAUGAUGAAUGGUCUUCAAGCACUCCCACAAUGGACUGAGUAUAUGGACCAUCCAACCGGUGCUUGGCUUGGUUUCAUCAACGCAAUUCAAUUCAUCUCCAGCGCGGUCGCUUAUCCCAUUACGGCUUAUUUCGCGAAUCGCUGGGGCCGAAAGAAAGGUAUCUUCAUCGGAUAUUUCUUCAUCUUCCUAGGCGCACUUUUGCAAACGUUCGCACCCAACGAUACCGCGUUCAUACUUAGCCGCAUGUUUGUCGGUCAGCCCAGCGCUUGGUGGGGUUGUCUUGCCCCUCUGUUGAUUACAGAACUCGCAUAUCCAACCCAUCGAUCGUUCCUUACGACACUGUACAAUUGCGGAUACUACGUUGGAUCUAUACUAUCGGCUUGGGCUGUGUUUGGCACCAGGAACAUUGACACUUCGUGGGCAUGGCGCAUCCCUUCACUGCUUCAGAUCGCUAUUCCACUUGUUGUAUUACCCGCCGCGUUCCUCAUACCCGAAUCUCCGCGUUAUCUCAUUGCCAAAGAUCGAAUGGAUGAAGCUCGCGCGAUACUGGUCCGGUUCCAUGCUGGUGGAGACGAACAGUCGCUUCUUGUCGACUUUGAGAUGAACGAGAUGGAGCAGUCUAUCAAAGCCGAUGUACACAAUGCAGACAUCCUGACGUCAGUCGGUAUCACAAGCGUGACAGACCAGACUCUCAUCAGCGGCUGUCUUCAGAUCUGGAAUUUGAUAGCUGCUGUCGGUGCCACCACCUGUGUCGACACCCUCGGUCGCCGCAAAUUGUUCCUGAUAUCCUCCGUGGGUAUGCUCGUCAGCUUCAUUCUCAUCUCCGGAUUGUCAGGAGGCUUUGCCACAGGCGGGAAAUCUGCCGUCGGCCUCGCCGUUGUACCUUUCCUGUAUAUCUAUUAUGGAUUUUACGAUAUUGCCUUCACCCCUCUUUUGGUCUCAUACCCGGCCGAGAUCUGGCCUUAUCACUUGCGAGCCCGUGGCAUUGCGCUUACACAGAUGUCGACCUACGUUGCGCUGUUUUUUAACACUUUCGUUAACCCCAUCGCGCUUGAUGGCAUUGGAUGGAAAUACUACGUUGUUUUCGCGGUGAUCCUACUGGGUAUCACUAUGACUAUAUGGCUCUAUUAUCCGGAGACUAAAGGGCAUACUCUCGAGGAGAUGGCUGUUGUGUUCGAUGGCGCGGAUGCUGCGGUUAGUGGAACCGAAGCGCUGCAGGUUACUUUGGAGAGGAAGGGCUCUGUUAAGCUUCUUGAAAGUGUGUGA